AUGGACUCGAAUGGGAAGAAACGAGCAUGUGCUACAAAAAAAAGUUUAAAGAAAAAAAAAAAAGAAGCUAAAAGAACAAAAGAACAAGAGAAAAAGUUAUUGAAAAUGAAAUUAACUAUAAUUCUUCGUAGUGGAUCUGCUAUCGUAAGGAAUCUUAAAGCAUUGGGAUUUAUUACAGAUCGCUAUUUAUCAAAGACCACUUAA